UUCUAAUUCUUUGACCACUGAAGCCUCCGUUGGAAUGAAUUUGAUGCCCUAGAAAAUUAUAUAUAUCGUCACACAUGAAUUAGCCGGUGGCCGCUUUCUCUUACCAUUAACACACUUUCAACUUUUAGCCCAUUUCCACCAUCAGAUUCUUCAUUAUCUCCUCAAUAAAAACCUUUUUUAAAUAAAUUUUAUUUAUUUUAUUCAACCCUCUUUGUGAUUUCAUCUUCACUUUGUUUCAAUGGAAGAUAUCGAGGUUCCUGAGUAUUUCAUUUGCCCUAUUUCUCUCCAAAUAAUGAAGGACCCCGUCACGGCUAUUACCGGGAUCACCUACGACCGUGAAAGCAUCGAACAUUGGCUUUUCAAAGGCAGAAACAAGACUUGUCCAGUCACCAAACAGCCUCUGCCACGAGACUCUGAUUUAACUCCAAAUCACACUCUCCGCCGGUUGAUUCAAGCUUGGUGCACUGAAAAUGCCGCCCUCGGCGUCGACCGAAUCCCCACGCCGAAGACUCCUCUCAACAAGUUCCACUUCAUCAAACUUAUCAAUGAUCUCUGGCGUCCGCAGCUCGAUCAAAUUCAGACGUUAAGGAAAUUGGAAAGUCUGGCGGUGGAGAAUGAAAGAAACAGAAAGUACAUGACUGAGGCUGGAUUGCCAAAAGCCAUUUUAGCGUUUUUAGAGUCAUGUUUUGAAAGAAAAUCAGUGGAUGGAUUAGAAGAAGCGUUGAGUAUUCUUCAUUUUUUUCGAAUUCCUUCAGGCGAAACGAAUCUUCAACAGAUUGAAAUCGAAAAAACCAUUGAAGCUCUGACGUGGGUUAUAGGGCUUGAGAUGGAAAAUGAUUUUGUAGUCAAAUCUCAUGCUUUGAUCGUGCUGAAAAGCGUCAUUUCAACAGUGCGUUCCGGCGUUUUGGAGAGGCUGAAGCCGGGGUUGUUUCAGAAGAUUAUUUCGGUUCUUCGGAAACGGAUAAAUCAACAAGGAAUCAUAGCAGCUUUACAAGUGUUAUUAGACGCCUGUCCGUGGGGAAGAAAUAGGGUUUUAAUGGUGCGGUACGGGGCCGUUUUUGAGCUCAUUGAGCUUGAAUUAACAGCCCCAGAAAGGCGAAUCACGGAGCUUGUUUUAGGCAUAUUGUUUCAUUUGUGUUGCUGUGCAGAUGGACGCGCGCAGUUCCUGAGCCACGAAGGAGGCAUCGCGGUGGUGGCGAAGAGGAUACUAAGGGUUUCGCCGGCGAGCGACGAUCGAGGUAUUUUGAUUUUGUCAUCGAUUAGUAAAUUUUCAGAUGGGAACGAUUGGGUUCUUCAAGAAAUGCUCAAAGUUGGAGCUGUUAUGAAGCUUUGUAAAGUUCUUCAAGCUGAUUCCCCAGCUUAUUUGAAAGAUAAAGCGCUAGAAAUUUUGAGAUUACAUUAUGAAGAAUGGAAGGAUUCGCCUUGUCUCAAUGGCUCUAUAUUAACAGAGUUCAUCAAAUAAAAUUAAGGUGAAAUCUAACUAAUUAUAUUUAAAUGAGUAAUAUUAUAUAUACAUAUU